CAUCGGAAACCGCUGCGGCUUUGUGGACCGAGUGACGCGAACCGACCCGUCGGAUGGGCCUCUGGAGACAAGCGUUCGCUAUGUCGCUGUCAGCUGGGACGACUGUAGCGCCACCUUGAGAAGGCGGCUGCCGGGCAUUCCAAAGGGCUAAAAUGUCGUCGCACAUCCGGUUGUUCCACCGCCGCAACCAGAGCCGCGAGCAACGGCUUCUGGCCAUCCAGCAGGCGGCCUCGGCGGCCAGCAGGGGCCAACACCUGUCGCGAGACAUGAAGGCCCUGCUCACCAACCUGUCGCCCGCCGAGCGGAGGCUGGUCGCCAUCAAGAACAACCUCCAGGUGACCCCGGGCCAGGCGGUUCCCUUCCGGCGGGUGCGUUCGCAGUCGGUGAUGUUCCAGGCCGACCCCAGCCGCCGCAGCCCCGUGCGCGCUCGCUCGCUGUCGGUCAGCGACUUCGGCGAGCGGCCCCGGCUGCAAAGCUUCGGCGCAGCAGAGCGGCUCACGGCGCACGAGGAGGACGACCGAUUCCGGAGGUACACGCGCCAGGUGUAUGUCCUGUUCGCGGUGCUGGCCGCAGUCGUCGCGGCGGUCGCCUGCUACACAUUCCAGAGGAUCCGCCACCGAAGGGAUCAGCAGCCUCAAGACGCGGCGCAGCAGCUGGACUUAUGAGCAUCCCCGCCGGCCCUUCGGCAAGCAGACACGUCCCGACUAGCGGCUCUUCUGGAAGCACAGUCGUUUUUGAUCGAUCGGUGGCUAUCCCGGCUGCUGUCAGGAAAGCUGGCUAUAUACACUUCAUGCUUGCGAGAAACAUCAAGGCGAUAGUAGCCAAGCGCAGCCGGCGACGCCAAUGACCCUUCGGAACUCUGCAGCUAGCGCUGUGGCACACCUCAGCUGCUGACAGGGCGCGGCACGCACUUUAGGUCAGCGAGGGACACAAGAGCGACCUUGGUCGGAGGGCGACUCUUCUAAAAAAUCAGUGAUCCUGACUAGUCACUGGCGAUGUCACAGAUUCUUGCUAACGCCAGCAAAACAGUCUAUACUGCUUCUCCACGUUCGCCCAAGACGCCGUGGUGGAUUGACCGGUAUGGUUGACGGCUACUGUUUACAAAGACGUGAAAACGAGAGCACAUUUACCACUGCAUGGUGACGGCAUUGUGUUCAGGACUCCCACGGCUGUGGUACACGCAACGCUGUGUUUUCGAGCUAUAGUCGCUUUGCGUAUGUCUAGUGGAAACUCUUUGGAAAGGACAUGUUGGCUGCACUCGAGAGAUGGUUUAAUCAAUGUUCGCUUCAACGCGGCUUCGUCAAGGUGACGCCAUAUUUUGGUAUGACCGCUUUUCCCAGCAAUCUAUUUACAAAACAGGAAACUCUGGCGCACUUACCCUCCCAGUGCUUAUUAUAUAGAAACCCUUAACAGCGCGUGUGCACUCCUUGAACGCGCAACAAUCAUUUUAUCCUUCACGUGACGCACUGUUUUACGAUUAUUUAAUGACUGUCUUUCCAUAUGCCGCACGCUUCUUGUAAAAAGUCACUUGGUGCCAUAGUAUAUGUUAGGUCGUGCCAACCAGUCUGUAAUUCUAGUGUGCUCGCUACCUGUCAGUCGGCGUCUUCGUCACCCGAUGCUGCCUUCUCUUUCCUCUAGCAAUACCUCCGAAUCGUUCACGCCUGUCCUCUUUACAAAAGACGCACCGUCUUUGCAUACUACCGUAAAUCACGCACGCUUGUGACAAACGCUAAACCGCAUGAGCAAAGACUGUCCCAUUUUGUGUUGUACUCACCAUGGCUGCUGCGUAUAGCGUGACACUCACAUCAACGGCUGAACUUCGCGGGAUGUAAUGUGCCGGCUAUACUACCCCCUUUUCCACUCUGCACUUAUUUCCUUCACCGUGACGCAGAGUUAAUCUACUUUGAUUUGAUAAAAUGUUAUCCGUGUUUAGCAAUGUCUGGCCAUAUCGAGCUGGCAAAAAGCAGAAAUCGGCAUUCGCGUAUGCGUAGUCAACCUUUCGACCACCUUGUCAUCAAGCUGUCUGUGUUGUCUGCUAUAGGAUUUCAGCUCUCAUGUACUACAGCCCGCCACAUUCACCAGCAACUUGAGUUCUCGACAGCACGCUUUUCACUUCGGACGUCUCGUUUUCACCCUCAUUCCCGCAAAAAAACUGAUCUCCGCCAUUACGUAAAAAAUGAACGUUAUAGUGUUCAGCUGCAACCAUUUGAUCAGAGGACCGUUACGCGAUAUACCUAGCGCCACUAUUGAUGCACCGCACCAGCGGACCGUAUAUAUGUGGCUUUGUUACGCUAUAUAUGCGGUAUGUGUAUGCAAGAAACAUUCGUCUCGCGCACGCAUGCCUUCUUCUGGUUCCUCAAGUGCUGUAUACAUUCACGUAUGUUUUUAUUGCGCUUACUUGCGUGUGCAAAGCCCGGUGAAUGGCACCCCCCCCCCCUUUUUUUUUUCUUUUAUAAAGGCUUAGCUCCGGAUGUCCACCCAAAAUAAUGUGGGAAAAAAAAAAAAAAAAAAAAAAACAGCUCAGCAGCAUUGGCGAUGCUCCCCGAGCUGCCGGCAGCCGAAACAAGCUGGCUUCUUUUUCUCAUUACUUCCAUGCCUCUGACGCAAACGAGAGCGAGCAUCUGAUGGUUCUUGUUGCUUUCAUUUCAUCUAUUCCCACUCCUGGCUCCAGCAUAAAUAUAUACAGGCGGCAACAAAUGAAACGCGAUGACAGAAGCGCGACCUUCGGUAACACACUGCGCCGCUGUGAAGCGCGUAUGCUUCGGGCAGUGAUACGUGACAGGAGGAUACAGGACAGUUAAAGUGCAGCAAGACUGUUUCCACUGAUAUUCGGCGAUCGAGACUGAUAUCCGGAGAUGGCUCGAUCAUUAGCCUCUUUUGGUGGGGACGACUGGCAAAAGAAACUGAGCCGCGGUGUGCGAAUGUAAACUUUCUAGAAUAGGGGGCACGUUCUGCAAGUCCUAGUAACUGGACUGCAUCAUACGGCGACCAGUUUGCCGAAGGAGGGCACGCGGCAUCCGUUGCCGACUGUGCAGGAUAGAGUGAACAAGAAAAUGUCGUGCGUUGACUUAAUUAAACGGUUUCUCUCUCUCUCUCUUUUGGUCUUUUGAAUAUGUACAUAAUUAAAUUGCAUUAAAUUCUGGGGUGUUACGUGCCGAAACCACGAUCUGAAUAUGAGGCUCGCCGUAGUGGGGGACUCCGGACUAAUUUUGACGACCUGGGGUUAUUUAACAUGCAAGCAAUGCACGGCACACGAACGCGGAAUGCGGCAGCCGCGGCGGGGCCUAACCCGCUACCUCAGCAGCGCAACGCCACAUGAAUACGCACAUAGAAAAUUUUAAAUGGCAACACCCACGCCCUACUUACUGCCCCAUUAAAUUGAACGAAUGAAUAUCACCGAAAAUCAAGAAAACAUGCAUGGUAAUGAGCCGUCGGUCGAUGUUUCGAUCGUUGUCCAUUACUCGAUCGCUAAGCAAAUAAAUACUUAUGAUAAUGAGACUUAUUGUGGAAAUUUUCGGAUGAGAAUUAGCAGACAAGCCAAACUUUUUGUCCACUACGUGCCUGGAACACAAAGCAUAUGAAGAGAGCACGCAAGAUGGACCUUGGAGCACGCGCUCUAAACGAGCUACGCCGAAACGCUAUGUCGCUAUGCGCCAAAAGCUAACACUUAGCGAUAGGAGAGAACGAUGCCGCCGAACGAAAAAAAGCCCCCGCCGGCUAAAAUCGAUCGCUCGGUGCAGAAAAAUAAUAAUCGCAGCAGUCCGGCCGCUAGACGUGUUUGUACACAGGGCUCCGGUUUUACUGUUCGCUGUGUGGCUGCGUGCGUUCGUACGACGCCAUUCUGCGAUAUAGAGGAGACUGCGGGUAUUUGUUUCAAUACUUGUUGCU